CCAACUGCAACCAACCACACUUUGGAGUGAACAGAUGACGGCCUUUCUGUCAAAACACUUUCACGUGUUUACACCGCGGUUGUGGAACAUCGUGUGAAACUUUCCUGUUUAAUACACUAAUUCCCAUUGUAAAAGACUCAAAAUGUCAGACAAAUAUGCUGUUCCGAAUAAAUUGCCAGCCAAACAAGUCGCGAUAUUGGCCCACCGUCGCCGACGGAUUUUGGCUGAUAAAAGUAAAGCGAUUCAAAAGAAGAUCCAAAGACAGAAGACCUUCAAGAAGAGCAGAAGAAACUUCAAGAGGGCCGAAGCAUUCAUCAUGGACUAUAUCAAGAAGGAAAAGACACAGAACCGAAUGCGACGAACAAUCCUGAAGGACGAUUUCCUGAAAAAUGAAGAACAAGGAAAUGAGAAGCUUCUGCUGGUUAUGAGGCACUGCGGCCGUCGUAUUGCCGAUAAGACAACAAAUGAAAUUUUACGCUCGCUUCGUCUUUCAUAUAUCUACAAAACAGUUUUUCUAAAAAAUACCCCUGAAAAUCGAGCACUCCUGAAGCUGGUCGAACCAUACAUUGCAUAUGGAUACCCAUCAAAUACCACAGUCCGCGACAUAAUCUUCAAACAUGGAUUUGCUAUGAUAAACGGAAAGAAAACGCUGCUUUCUUCAAAUACAGUGAUCGAAGAACACUUAGGGGAACAUGGUAUCAUUUGCUUAGAAGACGUCAUACACGAAAUUGUAACGGUUGGACCAAAGUUCGAUUUAGUCGUUAAAUUUUUCUGUUCGUUCACGCUCAAAGUACCUUCAAAUGGAUGGCGGCGAAAAGUUAGCGUUCCCUACUCAAGAGGAGGAGAGUACGGUAAUCGGAAGCAUGCCAUUAAUGCAUUAAUUGCUAGGUGCAUUUAGAUAUGUAAUGGAUUUUAUUUUUGUUUGUAAUAAAGGAAAGUUUAUCGGAAUAAA